AUGGACGAAGUAAAGGUUGCUGAGCUCUCAAACACUGCCCAGUUCGGUGACUUGAUAGAAUUCUCCUAUGCUAUUGGUUACUCUCAUUGGGGCGUGUACAAUGAAUAUGGAUACAUCAUACAUUUUGCUGUUGCAGAUGAGUCACAACUCAUGAGCAUGGUCCGUGGCGACCUGCAGACAAUUUUCCCUUUGUGUGGUGACCUUCUGCUUGGAGAGACCAAAAUCCGUCGCCAGCGGCUCUUAGAUGUCAAUGUCCCCAAGGGAGCAGGUAGCAACAUACAGCACUCUUUCAGCCCUUCUGCCAUAGAGGACAUGAGGUGCCGUUGAGAUGCUCUGCUUGACAAGCUUUUUUCUUACAAACUUCUCCUGAACUGUGAACACUUUACCACAUUUGUGCGCUAUGGAAUAGCAGUGUGCAAUCAAAUCCCAUGGAAACCCAAAAACAAGAAAUGUGAAGAGGCAACCAAAGUGUUUGCAAAUAUUGUGUCUCAGUGCUCUUCACAAUCGGAGACUAUGGUAGAAUAG